CUGCCGUCAUUGAAGCGUCUCCUGACCUCUUUAUCCGGAAGGCGGAACCUUUGACUAUUUCGCGUUCCGCGGGAGGGACUGUAUUGAGUGGGACACCAAGAUAAGGAGCUGAAAUGAGCACCAGACAAGUCACAUGCAGGUACUUUCUCCACGGUGUGUGUAGGGAGGGUCCGCGGUGUCUCUUCUCCCACGACCCGACCAGCAGCAAGCCCUCAACCAUCUGCAAGUACUACCAGCGGGGGGUGUGCGCCUACGGUGACAGAUGCAGGUAUGACCACAUCAAGCCCCCCGGGAGAGGAGCGCCCAUAGGAGGAGCAAUAGGAGGCGCAGUAGGUGGAGCGGUCGGAGGUGCAGUGGGUGGACCUGGAGGAGGAGGAGGAGGCGGAGGUGGUGGUGCAAUAGGAGGAGCAGCAGGAGGAGGAAGGGGAGCACCGACGGGAGGAAGAGGAGAGUCCAUGGGACCCAGGAAGCCGCUGGUUCUCCGAGACAGAGCCCUGGGUGUCGACUACAAAGGUCAUGGGUCGGAGGUUCUGGUUCCAGCCAGUUCAGAGCAGCUGGACCCUGGGGUUCCCCACUCCUACGUUGCAGCCACCCGAACCGGCCUGGAGUCAGCUGACCAUGUGGGAGGGGCCUACCAGGAACUGCCUCUCAUGCAGCUCUGCCCGUAUGCAGCGGCAGGCCAGUGUCACUACGGCAACACCUGCCCAUAUCUCCAUGGCGACCUGUGUGAAAUCUGCAGACUACACGUUCUCCAUCCCAGUGAUCCGGAGCAGAGGAGAGCUCACGAGAAGGUGUGCAUGCUCGCGUUUGAGAGUGAUAUGGAGAGAGCAUUUGCAGCUCAGCUCAGUCAAGAUAAGGUGUGCUCCAUCUGCAUGGAGGUGGUGGUGCAGAAGACGAACCCUUCAGAGCGGCGGUUUGGGAUCCUGUCGUCCUGCUGCCACACCUACUGCCUGGCCUGCAUCCGCCAGUGGCGCUGCGCCAAGCAGUUUGACAACAAGAUCAUCAAGUCCUGCCCAGAGUGCCGGCUGGUGUCAGAGUUUGUUAUCCCCUCUGUGUACUGGGUGGAGGACCAGGAGGACAAGGACCGGCUCAUAGACCACUUCAAGUCCGGAGUCAGUAAGAAGGCCUGUAAGUACUUCGACCAGGGCCGUGGCUCCUGUCCGUUCGGGGGGAAGUGUCUGUACCUCCACGCCUACCAGGACGGGACCCGCGCAGAGGCGGAAAAACCCCGCAAACAGCUGGGCUCGGAGGGCACCGUCAGGUUCCUCAACAGUGUGCGUCUGUGGGACUUCAUCGAGGAGAGGGAGCAGCGUUCCCUGCCAACCCUGCCGUCCCACGAUGAUGACGUCACCGAGCUGAGGGAGCUCUUCAUGCAGAUGUCCGCCCCGGCCAAUGAGAGCACAGCGCAGUCGUCGUCAUAGAGACCGCAGGACGGACCUGGUCCCCCCCCCCUGCAGAACAGAUCGGCCGUGUAGUGGGUUCCCCCCAUCGUUUGAUAUCCUCCUGUUGCCACGGCGACGUAAGAACAGGCCGGGGAAACGUUGCCAUGGCGAUCCAUCACGUCACUCCAACCCGGAGGAAGACGAUGACGGCAUCACAGUAGAAUUCAUAUUUGUCCCAAGUCACUGUUUGGAUGUAUAUUUAAACACAUCAUGUACAUAUUAUGAAUUGUACACGUUUUAAAGCCCAGUUGUUUGUGGAUUUCUAUUGCUGUGUUUAAUGAGGUUGUAGUCUUACCGGUGGAAAAUAAAGCUAACUAGCAUCGUCAACGGUGAUCAUGAUUAAUGCUAAAGCUACCCAUCAUGUUCAGUAGAGAUCCUUUAGCAUAAACUGUGACACAUGAAUUGAUAUUAAAAUAUGUAAGUAUGGA